AUGCUUCUCAAGGACCUGUCACUGAUGGACAGCAGUGGGUUCAAGGGGAAUGUGGGCAUGGGGGAGGGGGAGGAUUUCCGAGACCUGUCACUGAUGGAUAGCAGUGGGUUCAGGGGGGGCGUGGGCAUGGGGGAGAGGGAGGCGCGGUGUGCAAGUGGGCUGGUGAGGCGGCGACACUUUGGGAUGACGCACGGCAUGGGGCGAUCGGGGAACAUUGCAGACGAGCAGCCUAAGGUGGGCUCCGAGGCCACUCUUCAUGGCAUGACAAUGCAGUAG